GUCGCCCCUGCCUCCCUCCUCCACCUCGCGCGGCCCGUAGAGCCCGUCCGAGGCCCGCUCAGGCCCGAAUCGCCGCCGUCCGGGCGCCUGCUCGCCUCCCGGCCCCGCAGCUCUGCUCGAUGGGAUCGAGAGAGAUCCCGAGCGUCGCCGCCUCUCGCCUCCCGCCGGCCACCCGGCAGCCCCGCUGGAGCCAGCAGGCUGCCAUGGACGCCGACCCCGUCGAGGUCUCGUCGCCCCGAGCUCGGCCUCGGCUCAGAUCCGGCCGGAAAUGGGGCCCCACCUCCUCCCGUGGCUGGAUCCGCCCGUCCCUAUCCUCUCCUCGCGCCCCGGCCUCCUCCUGGUGCUCGCCGCCGGCGCCGCCUCCGCUCGUCCUCGUCGGGCGGAGGACGACGCCCUCGCCUCCCCGUGGCGCCCCGCGUGGGCCUCCCCAGGCCCAGCUGCAACGCGCCCAGCUUCGCAGCCGCAAGGCCCAGCUCCGCCUCGCCCCUUCGUUGACCGCUCCAGCCUGGCUUCGGCCCAGCGGCCCCUGCAGGCCUUCCCUUCCAGCACCUGAGCCGGCCUGCCCCGGCCUGCAUCUCCACCGACCGGCCUGCUAAGG